AUGAAGAAUGAUGCUGAAGCUGACCUUAUAUUGGCAGGUUGGGCACUUUCAGAACUGGCUCAAACUUGUGUGUCUUUAAAGUUACGAACUAUUCUCGGCAAACCCCACGAGACAUUUAUGAGGAUUGAGGGAGCUUUAAAAGGAAUAGCCAGAGAGAUAUCUUCUCAUGACACUAAAUAUUUAGGUAAUGAUCAACAAAAUGUGGUGGAAGUUGUAACGUUAGAACAAACAAGGACACGUUGGAUAACCGAGUUCAUGAUGUUCUUAGAGAAGUACAUUUACAAUGCUGCUGAGGGCACUGCUAUUGUAUUGCCAGCUGUUACUAAGCCUGUGAAAACAUUUUUCCAUACAAACUGGCCUACUUGUCGGGAGUGGUUGACAAGAGUUCGUCCCGCUGCGCUUGCCGUCAGCUUACACGCAGGACAUUUUGGUGCUGCCAUCUACCAUGCUUCCCUCAUACUGCAAACAGCCGCUAAUUCUAAUACCAAUAUAGACGUUGAAGCGAUUACAGUAAGCAUUGCCAGGGCUCUCAUCAAAAUCGAAGAGCCAGAAGUGUUACUUGGUUUAUAUGUGUGGAUUAAACAAAACUUUGAUAAGAAGCUGUUCUGGCUUAAAGGAGCUGCUGAACAGGCCAAUUCUAAACAUGAAUCAGCCAUAGAGUACUAUAAGAAAAUAAACAGUUUAAGUCCUCAGGAAGAAUCGAAGGAAUUUGAAAUAGCGUCGCAAGUAGAUACAAGGAGUAACAGAUUCAUCGACGAGCAAAUCAUGGAAAGUUAUAAACAUAUACAAAGCUGGGAAGAUAUGCAGGAAUGGAUAGACAAAGAUCAAUUUAACGCAAACAGUUCACAGUGGAGCUAUUUAUCGACGUUGAAGUUUUUCGAAGAUACGACAGAAAUUCCGGAGGAACUCGUUAACUGGGAUAUACUUGAUAGUGAAGCUAAUGAAAUUCCCAAGAAUGUGUGCUCCUAUCAAGGUCUCUUGAAUAAAAUUGAAUUGACUCUUAUGUGCACUGCAGUCAAGAUGUACAACAGUGAUUAUAAUGAUAAAUAUGAAGAUUUGUUAAAACAAUGUGACUUGUUGCUUAAAUCACAAGCAGAAGAAUUCUCCAGAACGAAUGCCGUACAUUUCUUAAAAGAGGUUGCAGUGUUGCAGUUAGCUAAUCAUGGGUUAACCAACAUUGUAAAGAGUGGAAAGCUUAUUACUAAUCCUUUUAAACCAUCUACAGUAAAAGAAUAUAACGAGACUGAGAAUAUCUUGGACGUGGACUCACCCUUGCUCAAACUAGUAUCAGUUCUACCAGAAAUUGGACUGGUGGAUAACAACAUAUCGGAGAAUGUUAUUCCCGUGUCGGACUCAGCUGUUGGUAAAUUACUACAAUUUGGAGUGAAUCAAUGCCCGGGGUUGGCAAAAGCUUGGGCUAAUUUUGCUGCUUGGUGCUUUAGGUGGGGUCGAAAAAUGGUUGAAUUCAGUUCUAAGACUCGAGAACAGUUGACAGAAAAUGAUAAAUUACAGAUAGAGAGCGUAAUGAUUGGAUGUGCACCUCAAGACUUUGAAGCAGUUUGUGAAAUAUUGUCUAAAACAAAAGCUACGUGCGAUGACGAAGAUAUUGAUUGGAACGAAAUCAACACUUCUGAAAUGAUAGAGAGUCAGCUUCGGACUGUACCGUCUUUAAGUAAUGCUUUCCCUGAACACCUUGCAUUGUUGGCAGAAGACACUCCGCAUUUAAUCACUUUCCCAGCAGUUGUUGGCGCAGUGGAAAACGAACAGAAAGAUUUAAUAGAAUUGAAUGUUGCAAGAUCCUAUUUGUGUAACGUCGCAAGCAGUGGUGAAGAUAAUCUUGAUGUAGAAGACUCUCUCAGCGAUAAAGUAAUCAAUAAUGAACUCAACUCUUGUUUCUUGGAUAUGGUAGAAACACUCGCUAAACAAGCACCGAAAACUAUUUUGCAGGUGAAGCUAUUAGUCAAAGAGUUACAGAGAAUUAAUUUGCUUUGGGAUGAGCUAUGUCUGGGUACUUUAGUUCAACAUCACUCUGAAUUUACAAAGCGACUUUCACAGUUAGAAAUGGAAGUAGCGAAAGUAAAAAAUAAUCCUCAUUUGUCUGCCGAAGAUAAAGACAAACUUAUCAAAGAGAAACAUCGCAUUAUAUUUGAACCAAUUGUUUGUGUGUUGGAGCAAUUGUAUCAAGUGACUUCAGCAAACCCCGAGACACCACACGAAGUGUCAUUCCAAAAUAAAUUCCAGUCUCUUAUCGCGGAUGUCAUUGACAAACUAAAGAACCCCGCGAAUCCAGAUAAACCACAGGACUCAUGGGCCCCAUUGAAACAACUGCAAAUAAAAUUGCAGCAAAAAGUAAAUAAAAGAACUUCAUACAUUUUGAAAAUGUCCGACAUUAGUCCUGUUUUAGCAGAACUUAAAAAUACCGUGAUUACUAUGCCAGGAGUACAUACAAACCAGCGAGCCGUAAGAGUUACGAUCAAGGCAGUGGAAAAUAAUGUGGCUAUAUUGCCUACCAAGACUCGGCCAAAAAAACUGUCUUUUACGGGUCGGAUGGAAAAGCUUAUACGUAUUUGUUCAAAGGAUUAG